UGCUCCUCACUGGGAUUUCCUCGAACAAGUAGAGGUCACAAGUACUACAAACACUAAAAUGCCUUCUUCUUCUACCACUGUCAUCUCCAAAUGUACAAUUCAUCCAGACCAGAAAUCCACCCUCAAGACAUUGAAACUCUCUGUCUCUGACCUUCCUAUGCUUUCCUGCCAAUACAUCCAGAAGGGUGUUCUUCUUAAUUACCCUCCUUACUCCUUUGAGGAUCUCAUUUUGUUCCUCAAGACCUCUCUCUCAGCAUCCCUCUCUCACUUCCCGGCUCUCGCCGGCCGUCUCAUAACAGACCAAGAUGGCCAUGUUCACAUCUUAUGUAAUGACGAUGGAAUCGAAUUUCUUGAGGCCAAGGCCAGACAUUUAGAAACAAACACGAUUCUGUCACCAAUUUAUGUCCCUGACUGCUUCAAGGAGUUCUUCACUUUCGACAGGACGCUUAGCUAUUCCGGCCACUCCAAGCCCUUAGUGGCUGUCCAAGUAACGGAAUUAGCUGAUGGGGUUUUCAUCGGUUGCACUGUAAAUCAUGCAGUCACUGAUGGAACCUCAUUUUGGCAUUUCUUCAACACGUUCGCUGACGUCUGCAAGGGAGCGAAGAAAAUUUUGAAUACUCCAGAAUUUACUCGAAACACAGUGUUUAACUCUCCGACAGUGCUUGAAUUGCCCGUCGAUGGACCAAAGGCGACGUUCUCCGGCGAAGAGCCACUGCGCGAGAGGAUUUUCCAUUUUAGCAGAGAAGCGAUCUUGAAGUUGAAAUACAGAGCCAAUAACGGUACUCUAUUACAGUGCGUAGAGAUAUUAGGGAAGCAAGGUAACGACCGUUUGAAAGACGUUAACGGAGAUGCAAACGGCAAGAUAACGCCCGUUUUGGAAACUGUACUAAAGAACAAUCGGACGGCGGAGAUUUCUUCCUUUCAGUCUCUGAGCGCUCAGCUCUGGCGCUCCGUGACACGUGCGAGAAAGCUGGCGCCUUCAAAAGUGACCACGUUUCGAAUGGCUGUAAACUGUCGACGCCGGCUGGAGCCGCAGCUCCACCCAUACUACUUCGGAAAUGCGAUACAGAGUAUCCCCACCCUGGCUUCGGCGGGAGACCUCCUGUCUCGCGAUUUGUGCUGGGGAGCUGAUCUACUCCACAAAAACGUGGUGGCGCACGAUGACGCGACAGUUCGGCGCGGCAUAAAAGAUUGGGAGAGAGAGCCGAGGGUAUUCCCUCUGGGGAACUUCGACGGGGCAUCGAUCACGAUGGGAAGCUCGCCAAGAUUUCCGAUGUUCGACAAUGAUUUUGGGUGGGGCCGGCCUCUUGCGGUGAGAAGUGGUAGGGCCAACAAGUUUGACGGCAAGAUCUCAGCCUUCCCUGGGAGAGAAGGAAACGGAGCCGUUGAUCUUGAGGUUGUUUUGGCACCUUCUACGAUGGUUGGGCUUGAGAGUGAUCCAGAGUUCAUGCAGUAUGUAUCAGCAAUCCUGUGAUUGGUCUGACCGUGAUAAUCUCGCUUUUGACCAAAAGUGGUUUCACUUUCCAAGUCAAAAGUUCUAUUAUAAUGGAGGAUAUCAUCCCAAUUGAGUUGUGUUUAUAAGAUUUAAUAUGCAUUAUGUGUGAUAUGUGGAGCCUAUGAAUUCACUUUUAUAUUCCGUGUCUCUGUCUGGGUAGUUGGGAAUUGGGAUAGCAACUAUUGGAAUAUUUAUCAUUUUUGUUUUCAUUUUUCUUUUUUUUCCGAUGUAAAGCAUAAGUGGGUAAGUGGCUCUAAACGCCAAGUUGUCGGAAACUUAGAUAUGUAAAUCUAUUUUUGAUUUGGAAAACUUUAGUCAUAUCCCCCAAUGUUUACUAA